AGUAUCUAUCUCUCUGUGUGUGUUUCCAGUGUGCAUGUGUGUCUGCGCGUACUCUCCGGCGCGAACGCCGAGCUGGAAAUGCUGAGACCGACAGCUGGUUUAUUUUUGGGUCAGUGACAGUGUGUCAAUGGCCGCAGAUGCGUCGGAAAGGAAGGCUCUGAGAUACCAACAGACCCUGCUGUAUGGGGAAUACCGUGAACACCCGGGUGGGUCUGGCCGGAGAGAGGCCACCCGACUUCUAACAGAGAGACAAUGGAAGAAACACCACCACCAUCACCAUCACCAUGGCCACCAUCCACAGCAUCACCGUGGCCACCAUCACCACGGGCACCACCAUGGCCACCACCACGGUCACACACAUGGACACGGGCACCACAGCAGGCACAGGGGUCGGCAUCACUCAGACGAGGUGGGACAUGCACAAAUGGCUACAGAGCAAGGCAACCCUUUGUCUAUAAAGAAACGUCGCUCCUACUCAAAGUGCAGAGACUGUGUAGCACGGGUACAGAGGUUCCUGGUCACCAAGCUGGGAGAGGACUGGAUCUUUCUGGUGCUGCUGGGCAUCUCAAUGGCACUGGUCAGCUGGACCAUGGACUACACCAGUGCCAAAAGUCUACAAUUGUAUAAGUGGAUUCACUGGGAGCUGAGGGGUAAUGUCCUGCUCCAGUACCUGGCUUGGGUCAGCUAUCCCAUGGCGCUCAUCAUGUUCGCCUCCUUCUUCUGCCACCUGGUCGCCCCACAAGCCAUCGGCUCUGGUAUUCCUGAGCUGAAGACCAUUCUCAGAGGGGUAGUGUUGAAGGAGUAUCUGACUGUCAGGGCUUUUACUGCCAAGGUCAUUGGUCUGACUGCAGGUCUGGGCAGUGGGAUGCCAGUAGGGAAAGAGGGCCCGUUUGUUCAUAUCGCCAGCAUCUGUGCUGCUGUGCUGAGCAAGUGUAUGACGUUCUUCUCGGGAGUCCAUCAGAGCCCAUACUGCUACACAGACAUCCUUACAGUUGGCUGUGCGGUUGGGGUGGGUUGCUGUUUCGGUACCCCUCUUGGAGGGGUGCUGUUCAGUAUCGAGGUGACGUCCACUUACUUUGCUGUGAGGAACUACUGGAGAGGCUAUUUCGCCGCCACCUUCAGUGCCUUCAUAUUCAGAGUGCUCUCUGUGUUCAACAAAGAUGCAGUCACCAUCACUGCUCUCUUCCGCACCAAGUUCCGCAUGGACUUCCCCUUUGACCUCCAGGAGCUGCCUGCAUUUGCCAUCAUCGGGAUCUCCUGCGGCUUCCUGGGGGCCUUCUUCGUCUGGCUGAACCGCCAGGUGGUGCUGUUCAUGAGGAAACCCAACGCCAUGACACGCUUCCUCACCAGACACCGACUGAUUUUCCCCGGUGUUGUGACCUUAGUGAUAGCCAGCUUGACCUUUCCCCCUGGAUUUGGACAGUUCAUGGCUGGAGAGCUAAUGCCCAGAGAAUGCAUCAACUCCCUGUUUGACAACUUCACCUGGACCAAAAUCUGGGGCUCCCCCCCUCCCCCCGGCCUGGGGCGCUCCUCUGCCUGGCUGCACCCCGACGUCAGCGUCUUUGUCAUCCUCCUGCUCUUCUUCGUCAUGAAGUUUUGGAUGUCUGCUGUUUCGACGACGAUGCCCAUCCCUUCUGGAGCCUUCAUGCCUGUCUUCAUACUCGGAGCCUCUUUUGGCCGGCUCGUGGGGGAGAUCAUGGCUGCCCUCUUCCCCGAUGGGAUUCUGUUUGAUGGAAUCUUGUACCGCAUCAUCCCAGGAGGGUAUGCAGUCAUUGGAGCGGCAGCACUGACCGGGGCGGUGACCCACACGGUGUCCACGGCGGUUAUCUGCUUUGAGCUGACGGGCCAGAUCUCCCACAUCCUGCCCAUGAUGGUGGCCGUGAUUCUGGCUAACAUGGUGGCCCAGGGCCUGCAGCCCUCGCUCUACGACUCCAUCAUCCAGAUCAAGAAACUGCCUUACCUCCCUGAGCUGGGCUUUGGACACAUCAGCCAGUAUAACAUCUUUGUGGAGGACAUCAUGGUUAGGAAAGUGAAGUUUCUCUCAUUACAGUCCACCUACAGGGAGUUGAUACACCUCCUGGAUUCCACUUCUCUCAAAACGAUACCACUAGUGGAUUCAACAGACUCUAUGAUCCUUUUGGGCUCCAUCGAGCGGUCAGAGCUCCACGCUCUCUGUGAUUGGUGGCUCUCUGCAGAGAGGCGGAUCCUCAGGCAGGAACAGCGUUUGCAGGAACAGAACCAGUAUGCCAAAGACAGCUGGGAAUCCUUUGCCUUUGUGGAUGAAGAUGACGAGGAGAGUGGAGAUAAGAGUACCCCAGUUCAGGAAGAGAGCAAUGGCCCCCUGCCAUCUCCUAAACCACAGGAGCCCUUGUCCAAUCACACAGCUCCUGAAAAGGGCCAUCUUCAGUCUGUUAGGAGAACUCUACGGAAUAUCUUCACCUCUCGAGACAGACAGGCAGAGGGACAGUCACAGGAGCCUUGCGCCAACCCUCUCCUGUCCGAUACGAUGACACCAGAAGAGAUCAAAGAAUGGGAGGAGGCUGAGAUGGACAAGCCAAUGGAAAUUGAUCAGAUCCGAAUAGAUCCCUCCCCUUUCCAGCUAGUGGAGAGGACAUCAUUACACAAGACCCACACUCUCUUCUCAUUACUGGGCCUGAGUCAUGCCUAUGUCACCAGUAUCGGAAAACUGGUGGGUGUUGUUGCACUUAAAGAGCUGCAAAAGGCCAUCGAGGGCUCCACCCGUAGCGGGGUCCGGCUACGUCCCCCUCUGGCCAGCUUCAGCAACACCAGCCGAAAGUCAUCCAAACCCCAGGCAACCUCCGCUCCCUCCUCCCCGACCACCCCCUCCUCCCCUCUCUCCCAAGCUCCCAUCUUCCCCCAUGCCACUGCCCCGCCACCUCCCCCGACACAGGAGGAGAUGGAGGUGUGGAUCGAGGGCACGAGGCGGGAGGUGGCAGAGGUGAACAGCAGCAGUAGUAGUAGCAGCAGCGGAACGGGGAGCAGCAGUAGCCCCUCACUACCCCACUCCUUGCCCCUCUCCAUCCCCCUCACCUCGCCCCUCUCCAUGCCCCUCACCGUUGCUCUCUCCAUCCCCCUCGCCGCCUUCUCCUCUCCCCUCACUGCCCUCCGGCCUGUCGCAAAGCAGCAAGUGGAGGAGGAGAGUGAAGAUGAGCAGCCCAUCUAGCCUUAUAGACGAGUGAUGUUUUUUUAUAACGUUUUUUUUUUAUGGUGUGAAUUUCUCUUUUAGUCUUUCUCUAUCCCUCCAUCUUCUCUCUCUCCCUAUUGCCCUUUCCCUCUUUCGCUCUCUCGCUGUUCCUUCUCGCACCCUCUUUCUUCACUCGAUGAAUGAUGUCUGUGAAUCCACAAGGAGAAAUAAUCUGGGCUCGAUAGUAGUACUUGACCUUUUAAGAUUAGAAUUGAUGUCAUUGGUUUUUAAACAGAAGACAAUGGCUACCAGUGGUGCUCCAAGAGCUAAAAAAUCAACAAGGCCCCAAAACGACCUUUACUAAACCCAUCCUCACCUUGGGAGGGAGUUUUAUGAUCACCAUGCUGGGUUGAUAGAUGACAGUGUUAAAUCAGACUGACGACAGCCAACUCAGAUGUAAUGAUGCUAGAGGUUUUUUACUUAAUGAUGCCAUGACUCCAGCUGAACAACCACCAUCCCCCUCUGUAAUUUAGAUUAAUCGCUCACUUGAUAACGCAAAACAAACACAUACUGAUGACAUUAUUAUGAAACUUGGUGACUUUUACAUUGGUGACUUUUCCCACCUCCUCCAAAAAAGCUGGGUUGUGUUCAUUAGGUACCAGAUGGAGAUAAACGGACUGAAACAAGGGGGACUACCUCGACCUUGGCCAAUAAGAAAGGCUCAUUUUCGUUUUACACUGCGAAACAUUGUAAAACAUUACCCUUUGCAUGCCCUAAUGAACAAAACCCUAAUGUUCUUCUGGCACAAAUCAAAUCAUAUUUUAUUGGCCGCAUAGACAUAUUUAGCAAUUGGUAUUGCGGGUGUAGCAAAACGUGUGUUCAUAGCUCCAACAGUGCAGUAAUAUCUAACAAUUCACAACAAUACACACAACAAAUCUAAAAGUAAAAGAAUGGAAUUAAGAAAUAUAUCAAUAGUAGAUUGAGCAAUGUUGGAGUGGCAUUGACUAAAAUACAGUAGAAUAGAAUACAGUAUAUACAUAUGAGAUACGUAAAGCAGGAUGUAAACAUUAUUAAAGUGACUAGUGUUCCGUUAUUAGAGUGGCCAGUGAUUCCAAGUCUAUGUACUGAGCACAGAAGAAAAAAAUCUACGGUAUGACGCAAUGCUUUAUCUGAAAAGUAGUUGGAUGAUGAAUGAAAUUCUGUCAUUCUACCACAACCACCUUUUUCUUUCUCCCGCUCUCUCUCUUCUUCAAACAGUUUCUCAGGUUGCUCCCUAUGUCUUUAAACCUGCAGAUGUUGGACAGAGGAAUCUUCCUGUCUGUUAAUUGAAAAGGAUUUUGAUUGUAUGAUGUCGAUAUGUUUUUUAAUGUAUGGAUGUGCAGUUGAAGUCGAAAGUUUACGUACACUUAGGUUGGAGUCAUUAAAACUCAUUUUUCAAACACUCCACAAAUUUCUUGUUAACAAACUAUAGUUUUGGCAAGUCGGUUAGGACAUCUACUUUGUGCAAGUAAUUUUUGCAACAAUUGUUUACAGACAGAUUAUUUCACUUAUAAUUCACUGUGUCACAAUUCCAGUGGGUCAGAAGUUUACGUACAUGAAGUUGACUGUGCCUUUAAACAUCUUGGAAAAUUCCAGAAAAUGAUGUCAUGGCUUUAGACGCUUCUGAUAGGCUAAUUGAUGUCAUUUGAGUCAAUUGGAGUUGUACCUGUGGAUGUAUUUCAAGGCCUACCUUCAAACUCAGUGCCUCUUUGCUUGACAUCAUGGGACAAUCAAAAGAAAUCAAAAUAAUUAUAGACCUCCACAAGCCUGGUUCAUCCUUGGAAGCAAUUUCCAAACGCCUGAAAGUACCACGUUUAUCUGUACAAACAAUAGUACACAAGUAUAAACACCAUGGGACCACGCAGCCGUCAUACCGCUCAGGAAGGAGACUCAGUGCCUCUGUCUCCUAGAGAUGAACGUACUUUGGUGCGAAAAGGGCAAAUUAAUCCCAGAACAACAGCAAUGGACCUUGUGAAGAUGCUGGAGGAAACAGGUACAAAAGUAUCUAUAUCCACUUUAAAACGUGUCCUAUAUCGACAUAACCUAAAAGGCCGCUCAGCAAGGAAGAAGCCACUGCUCCAAAACUGCCAUGAAAAAGCCAGACUAUGGGUUGCAACUGCACAUGGGGACAAAGAUCGUACUUUUUGGAGAAAAGUCCUGUGGUCUGAUGAAACAAAAAUAGAACUUUUUGGCCAUAAUGACCAUCAUUAUGUUUGGAGGAAAGCGGGGGAGGCUUGCAAGCUGAAGAACACCAUCACAACCGUGAAUCACUGGGGUGGCAGCAUCAUUUUGUGGGGGUGCUUUGCUGCAGGAGGGACUGGUACACUUCACAAAAUAGACAGCAUCAUGAGGAAAGAAAAUGAUGUGGAUAUAUUGAAGCAACAUGUCAAGACAUCAGUCACAAAGUUAAAGGUUGGUCACAAAUGGGUCUUCCAAAUGGACAAUGACUCCAAGCAUACUUCCAAAGUUGUGGCAAAAUGGCUUAAGGACAACAAAGUCAAGGUAUUGGAGUGGCCAUCACAAAACCCUGACCUCAAUCCCAUUGUGGGCAGACCUGAAAAAGCGUGUGCGAGCAAGGAGGCCUACAAACCUGACUCAGUUACACCAGCUCUGUCAGGAGGAAUGGGCCAAAAUUCACCCAACUUAUUGUGGGAAGCUUGUGGAAGGCUGCCUGAAACGUUUGAACCAAGUUAAACAAUUUAAUGGCAAUGCUACCAAAUACUAAUUGAGUGUAUGUAAACUUCUGACCCACUGGGAAUGCGAUGAAAGAAAUUAAAGCUGAAAUAAAUCAUUCUCUCUACUAUUAUUCUGACAUUUCUCAUUCUUAAAAUAAAGUGGUGAUCCUAACUGACCUAAGACAGGGAUUUUUUUACUCUGGUUAAAUGUCAGCAAUUGUGGGAAAAUGGAGUUUAAAUGCAUUUGGCUAAGGCGUAUGUAAACGUCCGACUUCAACUGUAUUUACAGUACACUAGAAUGUGUGAGCACACAUGUUUACGUUUCUUUGUCUUUAGUCGUGUAUUUAUUUAUUUAUCUUUUCGUAGAGCCGAUUUGUCUCUGAAUGUAUUAGCAAUGUUAGCAAUUUAUCUGCCAAAUUCUUUAUUAUUGUGACUAUUCAAGGCAUAUGGAUUUGGAACAGCAUAAUGAAUCAUAUAAAAUGAUUAACUGAAAACGAACGCAACUUUUAUGAAACUAUUACUAGGAAAUGUGGUGCUACUUACACUAUAUUAAAUGAACGUGACCUUUUGGAAUUCACUUUUGUACAUAGCAACAUGCCUGUUCGUUUAAAGCAGUAGAGGCAUCUUUGUCAUAUUGACGAAUUGGUGAACAAAUGAGUGGUUCUCAGCUCCACUCCCACACUUCAGUCUUUCUGUCUCUCACUUCUAUUGUCAUCAACGUUACAGGCAGUAAAACAAUCUCCUCCGACAGAAGAAAUAGUCGGUUAUGAAGAGACAGACAGAGGGUAGUGAAGCCUACAGUAAGACGGCAGUAACAGAACCAGACCAGCUGUAUUGUUGACAGGACUAGAACACUCCAGAUUUCAUAGCAUUGUCGGAGGAACUAACGGCUUCCAAAAAAAUAUCAAUGUUUUGUCUUUUUAAUACUUUUCAGCUGUGUCCGAAUGAAUGGAAUAUUUUAGUUGUCCUUUAUUCAUAAUGGGUGUGAGUGACCCAGCCUACUCUCUGAAUCCUAAUCCAGCCAGCAAGCAUAUAGCAGUUUUGUCUCAAUUCAGAAUUUAAUUGAGAAUGCCUAAUAAAUUCCAAUGAAAUUAUUUGAAUUGAAUUUCAUUUGAAUUGAAGUAGAUAACAGGGUACAGAAUUGCAAUUCGAAUUAGAAUUAAAGGAAAUGUAAUUGAAUUGCGUGAAAUUAAAUGAAAUUAAGAUGCCUCUUCUAGUAUAUAUUCAGUGUAGUCUAUCCAAAAAUACAUUGUGUACAUUUAAUUAUUUUUCUAUUUUCUACAUAGUAAAAAACUUGUGAAGACAUCAAAACUAUGAAAUAACACAAAUGGAAUCAUGUAGUAACCCAAAAAGUGUUAAACAAAUCAAAUAUA